AUGAUUUUGUCCAUGAUGUCUCCAUUGCUGCCGGAUGAGAUUGUAACAGACAUUCUCUCUCGAUUGCCUGUUAAGUGUCUUCUCCGUUCAAGGUGUGUAUCUAAAUUUUGGCUUGCCCUAAUCACUAGCCCAUAUUUUAUCAAAUUGCAUCUGAACCGAUCUGUUCAAACCAAGGACAACCUUAGUCUCUUCAUGUGGGAUGAGUAUCUUUGCCGUUUGAAUUUUGAUUUCAUCGAUGACCACGAUCUUCCUCCGACUAUAGUCGAUUACAGUCCUUUUAGGUUUAAGGAUGGGUCCAUACUCCAUGGCACCAGUAAUGGAUUAGUCUGCAUGUCAACUUCCAUGGACAUUUUCUAUAUAUGGAAUCCAUCCACAAGGAAGUCUAUACAACUCCCUUUCUCACCACUUCAGAUGACAGAACAUCCUGACAUUUUUCAAGAGCAUACUUGCGGAUUCGGUUACAACAGAAUCAAUGAUGAUUAUAAGGUGGUGAGACUUGUGGUGUUUAAAACAGAUGUUAAUGGAGAUUUCAUCAAUUUCGAGAUUGAAGUUUAUAGUUUGAAAACUAAUUUGUGGCAUAAGCCGGAAAAAUUUCGUCACUAUCCGAACUCUUGCGGAACCAGUGAUUCAAUAGCCGGAGGAGCUAUGCAUUGGAUCUCAACUAUUCCAACUGUGGAAUCACAAUUGGAACGUAAAAGUUUGAUUGUUGCCUUUGAUAUGGGGACAGAGAAAUACAGAAUAAUUCCACAUCCGAAAUACAACCCAGGUCCUCUAUCCUGUUUAUAUUUGAAUACUUUAGGAGGAUGUCUUUCUGUAAGUUGUCAUUACUGCUCAAUGAAUGUGGACGUUUAUGUGCUAAAGGAAUAUGGUGGGAAAAAUGAACAUUGGACUAAAAUUAUUACACUACCACCAUCAUGUUUUUCUGACCCUUUUCACAUGGUGAAAACUAUUGCUUAUUCAAAAUGUGGUAAGAAAGUACUCUUGAACAUUGAUUUUGAGUGCCUGGUUUGGUAUAAUUUAGAACAACAGGCACUUGAAGAAGGUGUUAGGGAACUUGAAUGUAUUAGGGAUCAUGACACGGACCAAAUCUUUGAAGUAGUCACUUGUUUGGAAAGUCUAGUCUCUUUCAAUGUUCCAGAAGCUGAAAAAUUUCCUAUCAAAGGGUUUCAAGUUGGUUCUAGAGAUGACUGUAAAAUGACUGCUUUGGCAAUGAAUCUUGGAAAUGUGAGAUAUGGGAAUCUAAGAGCUCAAAGACUAAUACUGUCAUGGGAUGAGACAAUAUUUUUCUCAUAUAAGGUUGGUGAUUUUGGUAUUGAUCAUAUGGGUAAUAAUGAUCAAGCUAAAAUGGUUAGAAUUGGUAAUGUUUGUGUUGAGAUGGUCAAUGACACUACUUAUGUUCUAAAAGAGGUUAAGCAUAUUCCUGAUAUUUACUUCAAUCUUUUAUCAGUUGGAAGAUUGGAUGAUGAAGACUUCUAUAAUUCUUUUUCUGAUUGGGAAUGA